ACUUGCAUCUGUUAUGUAUUGAAGGAUAAUCCUCCCCCCAAAAAACUAUCCAAGAGCAGAGAUGUUUAUAUUUUGAAACCCAUUUGAGUGUUACAGUAUUAUAUGACUAAAGCUGAAUCAGUCUGUGGCCUGGUAUUUGUUAUCAUAAAGGAAGAUGUACACCUAAGAUAUCAAGUGGUUAAAACAGCAAAGUACAAAACGCAUUUUUGUAUUUAUUCUAACCUUUGAACAUUAGUGUCUUUCAGUAUAAAUAAAUGUGAACAAAUAUACCUCAGUAGUAAUACAGGAGAACUAAAUAUCCUGCUGUAACUUAAUACAGAUACAUAUUUCAAUAUGACUUAACAAACACACAAUUUUGGGAAAAAAAAAAAAUAUGUGCAGCAACUUAAACACAUUUUUCUCCCCAGAACUAAGAUUACACUUAAUUUAAUUUAAUCUGUUUCUGGGUUAUACUAGAGUUUUGCAGGAAUCUUUCUGAAUAGUACAUUCACAUGAUAGAUAUGGAUAAAUAGCUUAUUUACUAAAAUGUUUUGAAACAUAUUUUAUAGUCCCUCAUUUGAUUUGAAAAAAUUUGACAACAUCUUCAUAUUGAAAGUAAGGACGACAAUAUUUGCAGAUUUCCUUUGUUCUGAAAUUAUUUUAUUCCAAAGCAAAAUUGAGUUGCCACUAUCAGGAAAAAAAAAUGUAUCACUUCUAUUAGAAGGCUAUGAAGUAUAUAUAAAUUAUAUGACAAUUUUUAUCAUAUAGAUUUGAUAUCUUCUAUGUAUUCAUAUUUCUGCAUCUUGGGUAUUAAGCAAAAUACCAUAUGUAUAAAUAUGAAACCAGGAAUGUGCGUAUUUUAGAAACUAAUUGUGUAUCUUCAGUGAAUGUUUUGAGUAGUUUAGUUCUAUCACCUCUAUUCUAAAUAUUUUACCUACAACAUUUAAAUUAUUCUGAUAUCAAUCAGAUAAAUAAUCCGAGUCUAUUUCAUCUUUCUACAUUGUCUUUGUGGUUUUUGUUUGUUUGUUUUUGAGACGGUCUCACACUGUCACCCAGGCUGGAGUGCAGUGGUGCAAUCUCAGCUCACUGCAACCUCCGCCUCCCAGGUUCCAGCUAUCCUCCCACCUCAGCCUCCCGAGUAGCUAGGACUACAGGUAUGCACCACCAUGCCCAGCUAAUUUUUUGUCUUUUUGAUGGAGAUGGGGUUUCCCCAUGUUGCCCAGGCUGGUUGUAAACUCCUGAGCUCAAGGGAUCCCCCCACCUCUUGCCUCCCAAAGUGCUCGGAUUAUAGGUGUGAGCCACCAUACCACCUGUCUUUGAAUUUUUUAAUGAGGGGAAAGAAAAUUGCAAUUCCUGCCUCCCCGUUUAUUUAAACAUAGCACCUAGGAUUUUAUUUUUGGUAACUACUUAGAAUAAUAUAGUAGGUUACUUAUCUUCGGUUAGAAAGAACUAUGGAAAUUAGGAACCAAUAAUUUGGAAGUAUUAUUUCCUUAUUUCAUAUAUAGAAAUAAUUAUCUUAUUCCCUUAUUUCAUAUAUAGAAUGUUCUAGAUACUUGGCUGGGGUUAAUGUUCUUAGUAUUUAUCACAGUUUAGCAUUGGUUAUUUUUAAGCAUCAGAAUUUGAAAGUCAAUGAUAAUACCUGAUUAGGACUGAAAAUAGAAUUAUCUUAGUAGUUUAGCACUUUUUAUAAUGGAGCACUGAAUUUAUUUUCAAAUUACCUAGAAUUCUGCAUUGCUCAAAUAUUAUUCAAUUGAUUGCAAAAUAUACCUUGGAAACCCUUUGGAUAGAAUAGUUCAGAGGGUUACCACUAGUACUUAAGAGCCUAAAGUCACUCAGUAGGAGGUUCUCAAAGGUCUAGUUGAAGGCAAUCCAAUUUCUUUAAAAUAAAUUUUUUUUUGUCUUUUUAAAACAGAUGGGUGAAGAAAGGGACAUAUAAAUUCUGGGAAACCUCUUAUGGUUUCCUCCCAUUUCCUUCUAUGUCUCCAUUAAUGUGCUAACUUGAAGGAAUUUAACUUCCAGGAAAGUUGACUGAUGAAGUUUAUGUAGAGCUGUGAAUAUUAUAAUUUGUCAAUACUUUAUUGAUAAUGUUAGCUUUGUUUUUAUUUGGAAACAUUUUUUCCAGUUGACCAAAGCAGAAUUCAUUCUGUUCUUCCCUCAAAUUCAUCUAUUACGAUCAAUGUGAUUGACAUUUAUCUCCACUCUGCAUGUCAGUGAUAUGGUAUAGAUGCUAUAAGCCCUGUAGAUAUUAUGGGUAUGAAGACUAUUUGAGGUGAAUUGCCAGUGAGAGCAAAUUUUGGAAACAGGAGAGAGAACUACUUUGUGCCUACAAAAAGCUCUCUCACUCCUUCUCCAAGAAAACAGGAGUCUGAAUUUUGGCCAGCUGGGUGUUUGAAUCUUACUGACUGUUGCAGCAUUGGUAGUCCUGGUAAAUUUUUUCAGUGGGAGAGCUUUUCUGAAAUUUGGUUAAACAUGUUACCCAAGGGAAUCUGUGCAUAGAUUUAGAAGUAGAAUGUUUGAGGUGGUUGACAAGACGUUUAGAAUUGUGAUUAAUGUUUUAAUAAAAUGCUAAGUUAGAAUGAAUCUAAUCAUAAUUAUAUAGUUGGAAGAUAUAUUCUAACAGUUCUUAAAUAAUUUUAGAUUCUCUAAAUUUAGAGUGUUUUCUAACUUAGAGAGCCAUAUUAAUAUUUUUUACCUAGUCUACUGAACAUAAUUUCAGGGAGUUAGUAUUUAGGACUUUUUACCUAGAGAUGCGGUAAACCUUUUAAAUUUAAAUUUGCUUUCUUAAAAUACCUGUUCCAACAUUGCUCACCUUUCUUCUCCCUCCUUUUUGCCCUCUCCUUCAGUGGGAGGAGCACAUAUUUAGCUUUCUGUUAAACACUCUUUGGUUUUCAACUGAGUAAGGCAAGCAAAGAUAUAUGUUAGAAGAGUGGGCAUAAUACUUUAUAAUAAAAUUAUAGGUACUAAAAGUCUAAAUCAUUGCUGUCAAUAGGACUUAUUUUGAUGAUGGAAAUAAUUUAUGUCUGUGCUGUUCAAUAUGGUAGCCACUAGCACAGGUGACUACUGAGCAUUUCACAUGUGGCUAGUGAUACAGAGGAACUAAAUUUUUAAUUUUACUUAAUUACUUUAAAUUUUAAAAGUUACAUGUGGCUAGUGGGUCUAUCCCAACUAUGAAGAGAAUAAACCUACAGAGCAUAUAUCUAGUCUAAUAAAACAACAGUGAAUUUGGGAAUUGUAAAUCUGUCUUAAGCUUUUUCCAUAAACUUUUAUUGAUACAAUUUAGGCAUAUACAAAUACUGGUGAAAUUUUAUUGAUUGAAUUAUUGUUGACUUUUUUCCAGUAUUUAUAUUUUUAAAAAGAUAUGUUUCUUUAUAAUUAACUUGUAUUGUAGGGUAACUAUUGUCCUUAAAUGUUAAGCCACUUAGUUAAUAACAAAUAGCAUUUGGUUUUUUAGCAUUAUUUGUCAUCUGAGGCUUUCAGAAUUAAUACACUAAACCUUAAAUAUUUUUGUUGUUCUCUAAAAGAAUGGGUUUAUGAUGCACCAAAAGGACAUUUUGAGAACUGCUGGAGCAACAGAUACCAUGUAAGGAGUGAAUUCCCAUGUUUUUCACUUAUAUCUAGGGGCCUACUUAUUUAGGAGGUUUCCUAAGUAAGUAUAUUUAGUUGUAGGACCUUAGAGUUGCCUAGGUCCAUUCUAUUCUAGCAUAUACUCAACAUACUGCCAGAGCAAAUGUAGGUUGCAGAUUCAGGCAAAACACACACACACACACACACACACACACACACACACACACACACAAACCCCAAAGAGCACAAUGAGCAUUAUUAGCAUAGCCAAUUUAAUAUGAUGAGGUGUUAACCACAUUUGUAUAAAUAAUAGUUUCUCUAACCCUGAAUCAUUAUCCUGCAUUUUUAAUGCAAUCGGUUCAUAAACAUCAAAGUGAAAACACCAAAUUUGUAAGAGGUCAGGACCAACUGGGGCUCUAAAUGGAGAGACAGCUGAGAGCUGUGUCCGUAUGCGUGGGUGGCCUUGCAGCUGUUGAUUCACCCUCAGGCUACCAGACAGUUGCCUCUUUGCACUUGCAGAACCAGACUUCAAUCUUAGGUAAAAAUGUAUCCCUCCCAUGGACAGGACAUAAAACAAUAGAUUGACAUCAGCUCUGAAAACAUCAGUGCAGCAGCCAGACUCAGCAGUUGCCCUGAAAUACUGAGAAGUACCAAGCAUAACAUCAAGACUGUUUCUACACAAUAAUAUUUGUCUUUCUACAGCAACACUGGGUUCUCUUAAGUAUAUUAUAAAUAUAAAAGCUCAAAGUCCAAAAGGUUCAAUGUGAUGAUAUCCUUCUCUACAAAUGGCAGGAACACUACGGUAGAUUGCAUGAGACAUGACUGCCGUAUCUUGGUCCUUACUAGGAUUCCCAAAUAUACUCCUUAAUAACCAGUAAAAUUAUAUUUACACUGGACAUUUUAAGAAAUACCAGUGUUCGUUAUUAGAUGAGAGACAGCAUAAUUUUGGAAUCACAACUGAGUUCAGAGUUCAGUUUUGAGUCUUACUUGUUUUGUUUCCUUGCGUAAGUUUCUUAACCUUUGUAAGGCUAGCAUGUAAAUCAGAUAUAAUAAUAUAUAGUUCAUGGUGUAAAGAUUGGAUUAAUGUAUGCAGUGUCUAUCUAGCACAGUGCCUGAUAUGUAGUAGCGUGUCAAGAGAUGUUCUCUCUUAUGCAUUUGGAGGAUUAGGUGCUGCGCCUAUAGGUUUCCAUUCAUUUCUCAUCUAUGUAAUUCUGAGUGUUCCUUUUCUAGAUAGAAUUCCCCCCAACAAAAAUUUAAAGUCUAACAGGUGAUAGGUGCUUAUUGAGGCCCAGCAAUUCUACUUCUGGAAACCUUCCUCAGGAAAAGAUUCCGAUGACAGAAAAUGCUGUGUGAACAGUAUUAUAUAGAAUUGUUUUUAAUAGCAAGAAAUUUUUUAAAACUUACAAGUUCAGUGAUAUGAGGACAUUUACAUAAACUAUUGAACCACCAGUCUUCUGUCAGUUCCUUUAAAAUGAUGGUUGUGAAGACUGAUGAAAACACAGUGUCAAUGAUAUGUUAACUGAAAAAGUAAGAUUAAAAACAUUAUGGAUAGUAUAAGUUUCUUAAAUGCCAACAAUGCAUGAGGUGAAUAGAAUGACUUUUCUUUAAAGAAUGUAAUUUUUGACAGUCUGAAAAGACAGGCCUUAUAUUUAUAUUGAGAAAAAUGAUCCUGACAUUUAAUGAGACACUAAAACAGUUUUUAUUUUUUGCUUACUUAUUCUUUUCUAGAAUCCAAACUCUAAAUACUGUUUAAUAGAGCACUAUUGAUAUUAGCUGUAUUAGAUGACUGUAUGAAGAGUCCUAUUUGCUAGAAUCCUACUUUAUCUUUUAAGUUUUGCUAAUUCCCCUGCAAUGAAUGUUGAACAUAAAAAAUUUGACUCCUUUUCCAUGUGUGUCCACUGUUUCCUUGUGCCUCUUGAUUAAUGAAACUUUAUUUUUAAGUGAGAACCUCUGUUUUCUUGAUUUUUAAAAAGUCAUUGCUUUUUUGUUUUUAACCAUCCUAUUUUGCAUAGUUCUAUCACUUAUUCAAGCAAAAGUUGGAACAGAACAUGUAAUAAUAACAGCAAACAUUUAAACGAUAUUGAUUUUAUGCCAGACAAUAUUUAAGGGUUUCAUAAUGCCCCUUAAUUCAUACCCUCUUCCUUAUAACCCUGUUAGGUAGAUGCUGUUAUUGUCCCCAUUAUACAGAUGAGGAAACAAGCAAUAAGUUUCAGUAACCUGCCCAAGGCCACACAGAUAGUAUAGUCCAAUCCAGGUUCGAGUCACAGAGCUGCUAUACACAAUAGUGAUUGCUCACAUUGUAGAUAUUAAUGUCUUAUAGAAAAUGAGAUUCUAGAAAUUGAACUCUUCUCUGGAAAGAAAAAUGGGCAUUCAGUAUUUUGGUCUCAUUUAACCAUGACGUAAACCUAUGGCCAAUGGAAGGUAGUAGUAGAUGCCAUGCUCUUUCGGGUCCUCACUUCCAAGGUGACAAAAGGAACAAUGAUCAUGCCAAAAAGGGUGGUGGCCACGUGUGUGCCCAAGGACAGGGCUAUUAAGAAUUUCUUUAUUCAAAACACAGUAGAGGCUGCAGCAAGUGUCUUCAAUGCGUAUGUGCUUCCCGAGCUGUAUGUGAAGCUACAUUAUUGUGUGAGUUGUGCCAUUCACAGCAGGAAGCCUGCAAGAACUCAACAUCUCCACUUCUAUUUAGACCUGCAGAUGCUGGCACCAAAGCUCAUGUAAGGAGCUGAGUCUGUAAGGACUGAGGCAAAACUAUCCUCUGGAGAAAAGUAAAAUGGAAAUUGUACUUAAAAAAAUUAGUAGAUGCCAUUAAUCAGAAGGUGAAAAUUUUCCUGGCUGUGUCAAUUUAGAGUUAACAUAUCACCCCAGACUGUUGCUGUCAGUUUAUUCUGUAACUUACUACUGGAUAAUUCAUUAUAGGUCUUGUCUGAGCAUGUCUGAUAAUUAAAACUUUAUAUCUGAAUUAUCUGGAUGCUGCAGCAAUGGAACUACUUUACUGAAGUGGUAUCCAAUAAUUUACUAUAUACAGCUAUUGGUUUUUUAUUCUUAAGAUACAAUAUAUUGGUUAUUUGCUGCUCUGUUACUUCAUGACAUUAGAUGACUCAUAAAUGUAAGUGGUUGACAUUUUUGCUAUUAAGAAUUUAGAUAUUCAAAUUAUGCUUUAUAAAUGAGGAUUCGAUUUUUAGCAUGUUAUUGCCUAGGAGAUAACAGGUAACUAAAACUUUAUAAUUAAGGAUAUUCCAUUGCUGUUGAUCUAGCAUCUUUUCUAAAAAUGCAUGUUUUACAAUAUUUAUGUGAAACUAAUUUUUAUUUGAUGUGCAGUAACAACAAAUCAAUGCAAAAUUAUACAUUAAUGAAUGUAGCAGUAUGAAGUUGUAAGACGUACCACAGCUUUCCUCUAGGUGGCAUGAUUUCAGCUAUCAUUGAGUCAACUGAUAAAAAUCCUUUUUCCCUACAACCACAUGAGUAUGUAGUUUCUGAACAAUCAGUAUAAGUGUGACAUUGAUUAGAUUUAAUUGUUACAACUGGUUAAAUAACCAGAUUGACCUUAUAAUAGUCUAUUGUUUAAUGAUCUUAAGUAACUUAAAAUUAUAAGACAAAGUCCUCUUAAUGAAACAAAUACAAAAAACUUGUUAUCUCCAAUAACUCAGCAGCCAAAAUUAUUUGUCUCUUCAGGUCACAAUGACACACCCAUUUCUGGAUUUAUUUCUUUGGCAUAUAUUUAUUUCUUAUGGUAGAUAGCUUGCUAUUUGCUUGAAACAGUAAUGAUACUGCCUUUUUACUUAAAGGGACUCAUAUAGAUGUAACAAAUCUAAAGAGAAACCACAAAUGGUAGGAUUCUUGAUCACAAAAAUUUUCAUGUUAACAGGAAACAACCCCUUAAAUUAUGUGAAAGUAACUUUCCUGGUGUCCCUGGUUUUAUGAAGCAGUUACUGUGUGCUAAACAAGAAGGAUCAACAUGUGAAAAGUCAUUAUUAUGUGACCUGCAAGCAUCAAACAACAAACAGAAACACUGUUCUUUUUUUUUCUGUACUGGCACUAAAAUGGGAAAGGGGGCCAAACUCACUUUUACCUUUGGGAUUCUUUUUCUGUUGUUGAUUUUCAAAAAUUUAAAAAUGAAUUUCUCUGGCUAUACACAGAAUACAUAAAAUGCUUGUUAAUCCCAUUAUUGUUAUAUUUAUCUUCUCCUGCCUUUCUUUGUGGGAGACUUCUUUCAUGGAGCUCAAAAGAACUUGACCAAGCACCUCUCGGGGGUUCAUUUUUGUGGCAGUGCAGGUUUAUAUUAAUGCUAAAAUUGUGCAAGUAGCAUUUUCAAAAUGUAUCUCCAAUGGUGAUUUUUAGAAUAUGCUGCAUAGGCAAAGGAAAAAAAAGGUUUUGGAAGUAUGCAAAAUAUAAUAUCACCAUUAUAACCGAAAAAAGGUGAAAGACUAACAGAUGUAUUCUUACAGAUUUAAAGUGGCUUCAUUUUAAAUAAGGUAAUUAUCUGGGACAGUCCUGAUUUACCCCUGUUGUCUUAGUGUAUCAAUGAGUGGCAACCUCUUUACUGCAAAAAAUGUUUGGAUUUGUGUGACAAACGAUGUAGCUACCCUAGUUAUGAGAACUUUAUUUUCUACUAAGAUUUAAAAUAAUCAUCAGUGAGAGUUUGUGGUCUGUAGUCUCCAGUUUUAUAAAUUAUAACCAUCUAUAUAGCUGUGCUUUUAAAAAUACUUACAUACUUAGGCUUUUAAAAAUACUUAUUUACUAAUUUUUCCCUCUAUCAUAAACUACACUGAGGUUUUCUCUUUUUAUGCAAUUACUAUUGACCCUUGGUUUUUAUUUAUUUAUUUAUUUUUUAAUUGCAGGCUAAUCGAAGCUGCAGAACGGCAAAGUUGUUUGAAAUGUAGGUUGGUAAUUUUGGCAGUGGAAAUUUAGACAUUUGGAAUUUUACCCAAUCUACGAAGCCCACUGAGAUGACAACAGACACAUAAUUCAUUUAAAGACCAUGUAUCUUUAAAAAAAAAAAAAACUUUUGUUAUAUCAUACUCAUUUUAAUUAUGAGAACAGUCAUAUUUUUCUCUAUCACUCACCUUCUCUUUUUCUUUCUCAUCUUUUGUUUUUAUUUUUAGUUGGCCAAAACGCUCUCUCCAUUUCUCCCCAGCAACCUCAUUCUGGUUUCUUGCUUUGUGAAGUCUAUCUGUGAACUUCUGUGGUGACAGAGUAAAUGAAGUAGGAGUAAAGAUUCUGUAAAGGGGGUGAACGCAACCGCGACGGCUGAUCGUCUGUGGCUGGGUUGGCGUUUGGAGCAAGAGAAGGAGGAGCAGGAGAAGGAGGGAGCUGGAGGCUGGAAGCGUUUGCAAGCGGCGGCGGCAGCAACGUGGAGUAACCAAGCGGGUCAGCGCGCGCCCGCCAGGGUGUAGGCCACGGCGCGCAGCUCCCAGAGCAGGAUCCGCGCCGCCUCAGCAGCCUCUGCGGCCCCUGCGGCACCCGACCGAGUCCCGAGCGCCCUGCGAAGCGCACCCUCCUCCCCGCGGCGCGCUGGGCUCGCCCCCAGCGCGCGCACACACACACACACACGCACGCACACACGUGUGCGCUUCUCUGCUCCGGAGCUGCUGCUGCUCCUGCUCUCAGCGCCGCAGUGGAAGGCAGGACCGAACCUCUCCUUCUUUAAAUAUAUAAAUUUCAGCCCAGGUCAGCCUCGGCGGCCCCCCUCACCGCGCUCCCGGCGCCCCUUCCGUCAGUUCGCCAGCUGCCAGCCCCGGGACCUUUUCAUCUCUUCCCUUUUGGCCGGAGGAGCCGAGUUCAGAUCCGCCACUCCGCACCCGAGACUGACACACUGAACUCCAUUUCCUCCUCUUAAAUUUAUUUCUACUUAAUAGCCACUCGUCUCUUUUUUUCCCCAUCUCAUUGCUCCAAGAAUUUUUUUUUUUCUUACUCUCCAAAGUCAGGGUUCCCUCUGCCCGUCCCGUAUUAAUAUUUCCACUUUGGGAACUACUUGCCUUUUCUUUUUAAAGGAAUUCAAGCAGGAUACGUUUUUCUGUUGGGCAUUGACUAGAUUGUUUGCAAAAGUUUCGCAUCAAAAACAAACAAAAAAACAAACAACUCUCCUUGAUCUAUACUUUGAGAAUUGUUGAUUUCUUUUUUUUUAUUCUGACUUUUAAAAACAACUUUUUUUUCCACUUUUUUAAAAAAUGCACUACUGUGUGCUGAGCGCUUUUCUGAUCCUGCAUCUGGUCACGGUCGCGCUCAGCCUGUCUACCUGCAGCACACUCGAUAUGGACCAGUUCAUGCGCAAGAGGAUCGAGGCGAUCCGCGGGCAGAUCCUGAGCAAGCUGAAGCUCAACAGUCCCCCAGAAGACUAUCCUGAGCCUGAGGAAGUCCCCCCGGAGGUGAUUUCCAUCUACAACAGCACCAGGGACUUGCUCCAGGAGAAGGCGAGCCGGAGGGCGGCCGCCUGCGAGCGCGAGAGGAGCGACGAAGAGUACUACGCCAAGGAGGUUUACAAAAUAGACAUGCCGCCCUUCUUCCCCUCCGAAACUGUCUGCCCAGUUGUUACAACACCCUCUGGCUCAGUGGGCAGCUUGUGCUCCAGACAGUCCCAGGUGCUCUGUGGGUACCUUGAUGCCAUCCCGCCCACUUUCUACAGACCCUACUUCAGAAUUGUUCGAUUUGACGUCUCAGCAAUGGAGAAGAAUGCUUCCAAUUUGGUGAAAGCAGAGUUCAGAGUCUUUCGUUUGCAGAACCCAAAAGCCAGAGUGCCUGAACAACGGAUUGAGCUGUAUCAGAUUCUCAAGUCCAAAGAUUUAACAUCUCCAACCCAGCGCUACAUCGACAGCAAAGUUGUGAAAACAAGAGCAGAAGGCGAAUGGCUCUCCUUCGAUGUAACUGAUGCUGUUCAUGAAUGGCUUCACCAUAAAGACAGGAACCUGGGAUUUAAAAUAAGCUUACACUGUCCCUGCUGCACUUUUGUACCAUCUAAUAAUUACAUCAUCCCAAAUAAAAGCGAAGAACUAGAAGCAAGAUUUGCAGGUAUUGAUGGCACCUCCACAUAUACCAGUGGUGAUCAGAAAACUAUAAAGUCCACUAGGAAAAAAAACAGUGGGAAGACCCCACAUCUCCUGCUAAUGUUAUUGCCCUCCUACAGACUUGAGUCACAACAGACCAACCGGCGGAAGAAGCGUGCUUUGGAUGCGGCCUAUUGCUUUAGAAAUGUGCAGGAUAAUUGCUGCCUACGUCCACUUUACAUUGAUUUCAAGAGGGAUCUAGGGUGGAAAUGGAUACACGAACCCAAAGGGUACAAUGCCAACUUCUGUGCUGGAGCAUGCCCGUAUUUAUGGAGUUCAGACACUCAGCACAGCAGGGUCCUGAGCUUAUAUAAUACCAUAAAUCCAGAAGCAUCUGCUUCUCCUUGCUGCGUGUCCCAAGAUUUAGAACCUCUAACCAUUCUCUACUACAUUGGAAAAACACCCAAGAUUGAACAGCUUUCUAAUAUGAUUGUAAAGUCUUGCAAAUGCAGCUAAAGUUCUUGGGAAAGUGGCAAGACCAAAAUUACAAUGAUGAUGAUAAUGAUGAUGACGACGACAAUGAUGAUGCUUGUAACAAGAAAACAUAAGAGAGCCUUGGUUCAUCAGUGUUAAAAAAAUUUUUGAAAAGGCGGUACUAGUUCAGACACUUUGGAAGUUUGUGUUCUGUUUGUUAAAACUGACAUCUGACACAAAGAAAGUUGAAGGCCUUCUACAUUUCACCUACUUUGUAAGUGAGAGAGACAAGAAGCAAAUUUUUUUAAAGAAAAAAAUAAACACUGGAAGAAUUCAUUAGUGUUAAUUAUGUGAACAACGACAACAACAACAACAACAACAACAAAAAACCAGGAAAAUCCCAUUAAGUGGAGUUGCUGUACGUACCGUUCCUAUCCCGCGCCUCACUUGAUUUUUCUGUAUUGCUAUGCAAUAGGCACCCUUCCCAUUCUUACUCUUAGAGUUAACAGUGAGUUAUUUAUUGUGUGUUACUAUAUAAUGAACGUUUCAUUGCCCUUGGAAAAUAAAACAGGUGUAUAAAGUGGAGACCAAAUACUUUGCCAGAAACUCAUGGAUGGCUUAAGGAACUUGAACUCAAAUGAGCCAGAAAAAAAGAGGUCAUAUUAAUGGGAUGAAAACCCAAGUGAGUUAUUAUAUGACCGAGAAAGUCUGCAUUAAGAUAAAGACCCUGAAAACACAUGUUAUGUACCAGCUGCCUAAGGAAGCUUCUUGUAAGGUCCAAAAACUAAAAAGCCUGUUAAUAAAAGAAACUUUCAGUCAGAAUAAGUCUGUAAGUUUUUUUUUUUCUUUUUAAUUGUAAAUGGUUCUUUGUCAGUUUAGUAAACCAGUGAAAUGUUGAAAUGUUUUGACAUGUACUGGUCAAACUUCAGACCUUAAAAUAUUGCUGUAUAGCUAUGCUAUAGGUUUUUUCCUUUGUUUUGGUAUAUGUAACCAUACCUAUAUUAUUAAAAUAGAUGGAUAUAGAAGCCAGCAUAAUUGAAAACACAUCUGCAGAUCUCUUUUGCAAACUAUUAAAUCAAAACAUUAACUACUUUAUGUGUAAUGUGUAAAUUUUUACCAUAUUUUUUAUAUUCUGCAAUAAUGUCAACUAUGAUUUAGAUUGACUUAAAUUUGGGCUCUUUUUAAUGAUCACUCACAAAUGUAUGUUUCUUUUAGCUGGCCAGUACUUUUGAGUAAAGCCCCUAUAUUUUGACUUGCACUACAAAUGCAUUUUUUUUUUAUAACAUUUGCCCUACUUGUGCUUUGUGUUUCUUUCAUUAUUAUGACAUAAGCUACCUGGAUCCACUUGUCUUUUUUUUUUCUUUUACAGAAAAGAUGGGUUCGAGUUCAGUGGUCUUCAUCUUCCAAGCAUCAUUACUAACCAAGUCAGACGUUAACAAACUUUUAUGUUAGGAAAGUGAGGAAUGUUAUAGAUACAUAGAAAAUUGAAGUAAAAUGUUUUCGUUUUAGCAAGGAUUUAGGGUUCUAACUAAAACUCAGAAUCUUGAUUGAGUUAAGAAAAGUUUCUCUACCUUGGUUUAAUUAAUAUUUUCGUAAAAUCCUAUUGUUAUUACAAAGAGGACACUUCAUAGGAAACAUCUUUUUCUUUAGUCAGGUUUUUAAUAUUCAGGACGAAAUUGAAAGAUAUGCAUUUUAGUCAAUUUUUCAAAAGAGGAAAAAAGUCCAGGUCAGCAUAAGUCAUUUUGUGUAUUUCACUGAAGUUAUAAGGUUUUUAUAAAUGUUCUUUGAAGGGGAAAAGGCACAAGCCAAUUUUUCCUAUGAGCAAAAAAUUCUUUCUUUCCUCUGAGUGAGAGUUAUCUAUAUCUGAGGCUAAAGUUUACCUUGCUUUAAUAAAUAAUUUGCCACAUCAUUGCAGAAGAGGUAUCCUCAUGUUAGGGUUUAUAGAAUAUGUCAGUUUGUCACUUGUAGCUUAUUUAGCUUUAAAAUAAAAAUUAAUAGGCAAAGCAAUGGAAUAUUUGCAGUUUCACCUAAAGAGCAGCAUAAGGAGGCGGGAAUCCAAAGCGAAGUUGUUUGAUAUGGUCUAUGUCUUUUUUGGAAUUUCCUGACCGUUAAUUAAAGUAAAGAAUUGGAUUAGCAAAUUUGAAAACUGGAAAAGCAAGAGAUGGGAUGCCAUAAUAGUAAACAGCCCUUGUGUUGGAUGUAACCCAAUCCCAGAUUUGAGUGUGUGUUGCUUAUUUUUUUUGUCUUCCACUUUUCUAUUAUGUGUAAAUCACUUUUAUUUCUGCAGGUAUUUUCCUCUCAGAUAGGAUGACAUUUUGUUUUGUAUUAUUUUGUCUUUCCUCAUGAAUGCACUGAUAAUAUUUUAAAUGCUCUAUUUUAAGAUCUCUUGAAUCUUUUUUUUUAAUUUGGGGGUUCUAUAAGGUCUUUAUUUCCCAUAAGUAAAUAUUGCCAUGGGAGGGGGUGGAGGUGGGAAGGAAGGGGUGAAGUGCUAGUAUGCAAGUGGGCAGCAAUUAUUUUUGUGUUAAUCAGCAGUACAAUUUGAUCGUUGGCAUGGUUAAAAAAAUGGAAUAUAAGAUUAGCUGUUUUGUAUUUUGAUGACCAAUUAUGCUGUAUUUUAACACGAUGUAUGUCUGUUUUUGUGGUGCUCUAGUGGUAAAUAAAUUAUUUCAACGAUA